UAUACAAUUAUAUGAAAUAUUUAAUAAAAAUUUUGGGGGUACAUACUUACGUGACAAGAUUUAAUUGAUUAAAUUUGCUAUAGAAAAAGGUGAGAGAAAUGUGAAGGAAAUCAAUAAUAUCUUUUAUUUAUCUGUAAAUACAUGUCUGAAGAACACCCAGCAGUUGUCAUUGAUAACGGAUCAGGAUAAUGCAAAGCCGGUAUAGCAGGAGAUGAUGCUCCAAGAUGCUGUUUCCCUGCAGUUGUAGGAAGACCUAAACAUCAAGGAAUUAUGGUUGGUAUGGACAGCAAGGAAGCCUAUGUUGGAGAUGAGGCUUAAGCUAAAAGAGGUGUUUUAGCACUUAAGUAUCCAAUUGAUAAUGGUAUUGUCAAUAAUUGGGAUGGUAUAGACUAUGUAUAUAAAUUAUAUAGACAUGGAAAGAAUAUGGCAUCAUGCAUUCUUUAAUGAAUUGAGAGUCACACCAGAAGAUCAUCCAGCUCUUUUGACUGAAGCUCCAAUGAAUCCAAAGGCCAACAGAGAAAAGAUGACAUAAAUCUUAUUCGAAACAUUCAAUGUUCCAUCAUUCUAUGUUGCUAUCCAAGCUGUGCUUUCUCUUUAUGCCUCAGGAAGAACAACAGGUAUUGUUGUAGAUUCUGGUGAUGGUGUCUCACACACAGUCCCAAUCUAUGAAGGUUAUGCACUUCCACAUGCUGUUCUCAGAAUUGAUUUAGCAGGAAGAGCUUGUACUUAAUAUUUAGUAUCCAUUUUGAAUGAAUUGGGUGUUUCAUUCACAUCAUCAGCUGAAAUGGAAAUUGUUAG